AUGAAACGUGGCAACGAGGUACAAGAGGGACCAUUUCAGCAACGUCGAGCCACCCCUGGGCAGGAGUCUGCAUUCGCCCAGCAGCGUGUGCUAGCCCCGGCUAAUGUGGCCGGCUUUGAGCAGGUCCAGGAGGGUAAUAUGGCUAGUGGACUGCAGUUCCAUCCCAUGCAGGGAUACCCGGUACCAGCUGUAGGUCAAGCAGCAGGUCACCAUGGUGGGGUUCACCACCCUCACCCUCACCCCACCAACCCCCAACAGGUGGCAGCAGUGGCCCAUCAACAGCAGGUUGUUCAUCAAACGCACGCUCAAGCUCAGGCUCAAGUAGCACAAGUGCAGGGACAUCAGCAACAGCAGCAGCAACAACAACAACAACAGCAACAACAGCAGCAACAGCAGCAGUACCAGCGACUGAAAGUGGAGGAUGCCCUGUCCUAUCUUGAUCAGGUCAAGCUGCAGUUUGGCAGCCAGCCACAGGUGUACAAUGACUUCUUGGAUAUCAUGAAGGAGUUCAAAUCACAAAGCAUUGACACUCCUGGGGUGAUCAACCGUGUCUCCAACCUCUUCAAGGGACACCCAGACCUGAUCGUGGGCUUCAACACCUUCCUGCCUCCCGGCUAUAAGAUCGAGGUACAAGCCAGUGACCCUACUCGGAUCAACGUCAGUACCCCGACUGGACACAUCACCCAGCACACCGCAGGGGGUCCACUGACUGGGCCAGGAGUGCCGCUGCCCCAACCAACACCCACUACGCAGCAGCAACAACAGCAGCAGCAGCAGCAACAGCAGCAUCCGAAUAAACCCAUGACACCGCAGAAACAGCAGCAGAUACAUACGCAACCGCAGUACCACGCCCAGCACCCAGCCACCAAGCCUGCUCACCAUUCGGUAUCAUCCAGCCAUCACCAUGCCAACCAAGCAGCUACCGGGGGCCACACCUACUCCCAGCCUCCUCCUACCAACCAGGCCCACCCAGCCCCACCCUCGGCUGUUACGGCGUCUCCCCAGCACGGUCAUGCUGCAGCAGCUCAGCAGCAACAGCAGCAGCAAGCACAGACGCAGCCAACACCGCAACAACAACAGCAGCAGCCCAGCCAGCCGGUGGAAUUCAACCACGCCAUCAACUACGUCAACAAGAUCAAAAAUCGGUUCCAGGGUCAGCCAGAGAUUUACAAAGCUUUCCUGGAGAUCCUUCACACCUACCAGAAGGAGCAGCGGGCUGUCAAGGAAUCCGGGGGGACCUACGUGCCCACCCUGUCAGAGGCCCAGGUCUUUGAACAGGUGGCUAAACUCUUCAAGAACCAGGAAGACUUGCUGCAAGAGUUUGGACAGUUCCUGCCCGACGCCAACGGAGCGGGAAUCUCAGGACCUACUAAUUUUUCGUUCCAAGACAUGAUGAACCGCGUGGCUGUUCGCAACGACCACACAGGGAUUGCUAAGAAACCUGGCUCUGCCUCCAACAACAAGAAUCGUAACAACACCUCGGGAGCAGCAGGACACAUAAAGAGGCCAGGCAGUAGCGCUGUGCCCAUCCCAACAAAGAAGCCUAAGUCUGGAGCCGUGAAGGACGUCUCCUUAGCUGAAGCAGGCAAGCAUGGAAGCCUCAGCGAGUUUGCAUUCUUUGACAAGGUACGCAAGGCACUUCGUAGUCAGGAGGUGUAUGAGAAUUUCCUGCGAUGUUUGGUGUUGUACAACCAAGAGAUUGUCUCCAGGUCGGAGCUGGUUCAACUUGUCACUCCAUUCCUCGGGAAAUAUCCAGAGUUACUGAAAUGGUUCAAGGAGUUCCUGGGCUACAAGGAAUCUGACAGGAUUGACUCGCAUCAUGCUCCCAAGGAACGCAACCAGGGAGAACUAGCCAUGGAAAUAGAUUUUGCCAACUGUAAGCGUUGCGGUGCCAGCUAUCGAGCCCUGCCCAAGAGCUACCAGCAGCCCAGGUGUAGCGGCCGUACGGCGCUCUGUAAUGAAGUCAUCAACGAUACUUGGGUGUCUUUCCCUUCCUGGUCUGAAGACUCCACGUUUGUGGCAUCCAGGAAGACACUAUAUGAGGAGCAUAUCUAUCGCUGUGAAGACGAACGAUAUGAGCUGGACAUUGUGAUCGAGGUGAACGCGCACACAAUACGCAUCCUGGAGCACGUUGCCAAGAAGCUGUCACGCAUGUCGCCUGAGGAGUCCGCCAAGUUUAGACUGGACAACCACCUGGGAGGCAGUUCCGAGACCAUCCAUCGCAAGGCCAUACACAGAAUAUAUGGAGACAAGGCGCAAGACAUCAUUGAGGGGCUGAAGAAGAACCCUGUUGUGGCUGUACCCCUGGUUCUUAGAAGGUUAAAAGCUAAGGAGGAUGAGUGGCGAGAGGCCCAGCGCAACUUCAAUAAAAUCUGGAGGGAACAGAACGAGAAAUACUACCUCAAGUCGCUAGACCAUCAGGGCAUUAACUUCAAACAGAACGACACCAAGGCUUUGCGCUCCAAGAGCCUGCUGAAUGAGAUUGAGGCCAUCUUUGAUGAGAGGCAGGAAGCGAUGGGCGAUAACAACUCCCCACAUCUGAGCUUUGUCUACAUGGACAAGCACAUCGUGGACGAUUCGGCUGCAUUGAUUAUCCAUCACAUGAAAAGGCACACAGGAAUCCACAAGGAGGAGAAGCAGAAGAUCAAGCAGCUCUUACAUCACUUCCUGCCAGACUACAUGUUCCUGGAGCGUGGAGAGCUGUCCGACGAUGAAGAUGACCAGGAAGAAGAAACCAAGGAAGCAGCCUUUGCCCUGGCCGGGAUGGACACUGCCCAAACUGAUACCAUCUCGCCGCCGAAAGACAGCAAGAAAUCCUCCCUCAUGAUGACCAACGGACCCUGUGACAAUACUACCUGGGAUUCGGAUGACGUGUACCACCUGUUCUUUGUCAACAACAACUGGUACCUAUUCCUGAGGCUGCACUUCAUCCUGUGUGAGAGAUUACAGAAGAUGUUUGAGAGAGCAGAGGCUAUCGCCCAGGCGGAGGGAGGACCUAAUCGCAGGGCUGCUAAGGAGUCCACCGCUGUGGCUCUGGGUCUCAAGCAACCACUGGAGAUCGAACCCGAGGAAUAUUACCCGGCAUUCCUUGACAUGGUGCGUAACCUUCUCGAUGGUAACAUGGAGAGUAAUGCCUUCGAGGAUCAGCUUCGUGAGAUGUUUGGCAUCCAUGCCUACAUUGCAUUCACCAUGGACAAAGUGGUGCAGAACAUCGUCCGUCAGCUUCAGCACAUUGUCUCAGAAGACACCUGCAUGGGUGUCAUGGAGCAGUAUCUCGCUGAGAUGAAGUCAGGAGGAGCCGGAGGAACUCACUCCUCGGCCACGGCUCGCGUUAGCGCCGAGUCCGCUUACCAACGACGGGCAGAACAACUGCUGACCGAGGAAAACUGCUUCAAAGUCAUUUAUAAUAAGAGUGAUAAGAAGUUAACCAUUGAGCUUCUGGACACGGAGGAGGAUCACAGUGAUGAUCCGGUGGAGGUGGAGAAAUGGUCGGACUACGUGGAGAAGUUUGUGAAUGGUGAAGACACGUCGGCAGAACUGAGGGACCAACUCGCUAAGAAGCCGGUCUUCCUCACCAGGAAUAUCCGUAGGACACGGCAGCAGAAAAUUGUUACUGAUGAAGACUCAAGCAGCAGCAAGGAGAAAUCGAGCGAUGAUGGAAAGCUCAAAGAAGACGAGAAAGCUGAAGAUGAGGACGAGAAGAACAGCACCACCGCCGCAGACAACAAGGAAGAAGGAAAAGAGGAAGAAGGAUCAUCCCCCUCAGAGGCGGAGCCCAAAGAGGAGGCGGCGGAGGGAGGGUCCAAGGAGGAGAAGCCAGAACCGACAAAGGAGAAGGUGGAGAAAGGGGCAGAGAAGAAAGAGGUGGAUCCGCUGGAAGGAGUGGAUAUGGUCAACAACAUGGAGUGUAAGUUCAACCUCAACUCUUACAAGAUUGUCUACGUGGUCAACUCGGAGGACUACAUGUACAGGAGGACUGCACUCAAGAAAGCGAAAGAAUCGCAUUGGCGGGUCACCGAGCGCUUAGCCGCCCGCUUCAACAAGUUUCUGGACGCAUGGAAGGAUGACCACAUCACCAGACGCCAAGAGGCCGACGUGGAGAAUUGGUUCAUGGGAAAAGUCGACGACCUCGUUCCUUGCGAGACCAUGGUUAAAGAGGUCAAAUCAGCCAAUGGGAUCAGGAGGAAGUUCGUGGUGGAAUACUACGAGACCGAAGCCCCAAAGGUAUCAGGAAAUAUUGCUUCCUGAAAGUUACCCUUCAUCUACACCCCAUCCCUCCCUGAAAUUAAAUAUUUAUAGACAGAGAAGAUUUGGGCUAUUUGGACACAUUUUUUCUCCCCCAAAAGAAGACAGUUUCAUGACGUUGCUUUCUGUAAAAGCUUCUCAAAGGCUGCUUAAGAAAUCACACUGAGAGGCAAUUGAACAAAUUUCAAAUUUGUUGAAGUUGCUAGCGAAGACUUGUGAAAUUUGUGUCUCUUCCGAAGUUGGGCCUCAACAAAGAAAAGUGGAGACGGAAAACAAAUUGGCUUGUACAACAUUUUCUGUCAGAUGGACUGUCAAAACACACAAUACUUUUUCAGUCUGUGAAUAUUUUGUAAACAAAAAAAAAUAGUCAUUUAUUCCUUGUAAAUACAUUUGAAUGACAAACACAUUGUACAGAACUUUUAAUGUUACUUCGAUUGAUAUCACACAAAAUAAGUUUAUCGUAACAGAAAGUAUUCCAUUUGUAGCUUCAUGUAAUGUAAUCGAAACGUUUUUAUAGUUUUCUGUCGAGUAUGUGUUCUGGAAAAUGGCUCUUUUGAGGAUGCAAGUGUGAAUGUGUAAGGGAAAUUGACAUUAUAUCAUAGACUGAGCUAUAUGAUGUUUGGGAAAAUUCUUUAUUUUUGAUGUUCAGUUUUGAUCAACACUGAAACCGUCUGUAAGUUGCCAGCUUCGACAACAAAACAGCUGAUGAAAUUAUUCGCUUAGAAUAUUGCCGAUGUACAGAUCUGGAACUAUUUUACUGCAGUUGUUUUGAAACAAGCUGGGGUAAAAAAAAAGAGAAAGCCAUUUACCGAAUUGAAAAUAGUGCUGUGUAUUUUUGUCACUUGGUUCUCUGCUCAAAGAUUUUAAAGAAUAUUGUAAAAAGUUCAUAGUUUGUAUUGAUAUGACUUCAAUUUCACUCUAGGUGAAGGAUGAUAGGUUUAGUUUAAAACACUCUAGAUUAGUCAAGGUCGUGUCGUGAGUUCCACUUUUUUCUCCUCACUGAACGAAGGGGCGACCACAUUUUUGUCAGAAAAUAUUUCGCUACACCUCAGGUGAUGCUGCUGUUUUGUUGCAUUUUAAGUGGUAUUUAAUCUGGCCAAUUCAACACCCAAAUUUGGCUGACAAGAUUACAAAAAAAAUGAAAGGGCCUUGUAAAACUGAUCCCAGAGUGCACAAAUUUGAUUCAGUUGCGAAUACUGUCCACCAAAAGUCUUAUUGUACAUCUGGUGUAUACUGGAGCCCGGAUCUAGCCCAUAACGUGGUUAUCCUAUACAGUAGCACUGCCCAGCUGUCUUCACCAGCCAACCAGGCUGAGUGAGAUAGGAACAAAGAGGGCACAAGGCUGGCCCUCUGGGACCAGCAAAAUCACAAAUUAUUACUUGGACGAGAAUCAUAAGGUGAAAAUCUCAGCUUGGGGCACACCUUAUAGAAGAGUUUGAAAUUGUCCAUUGCAUAAAAUAUCGAAAUCAGUAUGAAAAGCCACACAAUUAUGCCACUCUUGUUAAAACCAUUGUCAAGCUUAUGGAUUAAUUAAUAAUACCAGGAAAUAUAAUCUGACAUUAACUCCAUUUGUCAGAAAUCGUCAUUACACAUAAGAUAAAAAGUAAUUUUCUGAAAUGGAAACUUACAACUAUUUUGAAAAUUUCCAUUCGCUAUUUAUUUAUUGAAAUCUGGUGGUGUUUUUCAUUUUGGAAAGGUUUGAAUUCACGUUAACAAUCCAAGGACAUUUAGCCACAGAUGUGAGACUGGUAUGCUGUCUUAACAUAAAUGAAGUGAGGAAUCUUCCAAGUAACAGAUUUUCAGAAAUGGAGUAAUUUUAAUAUUUUUUCGGACAUUUGUACAAAGUAACAUGUAUUUCAGUGUAGGAACUUCUGAAAAUAAAACUGAAAAAUUGUAUUUGAAAUGGUGGUGUUUGUCCCGUUCUUCAUUUCACUUGAGGUGGAUUGUUGGGAGAUUUCAGACGUGAAAAUCGUAGACUUAGUUAUAGUUUAUGCUACAACACAACAGUGACACCUGUAUACUGGUGAAUUAAUUAUGAGAAAGCUUGUUGACAAUACAAUGUACAUAUAGUUGAUUAUCUUUCUGUGUAGACCAACACAUACCUAAACUGACCUGAUUUGGCAAUCGGCAUAUACUCCCUAGGCACUUGUGUCAAAUAUGGAAAA